GAUAUUGUGCACUCUAAUCCUGCUCUUACGACCACACACAUGGCCAAGCGAUUGCCAAGUAACGCUUAUUAGAACAAAUUCCCUUAUUCUCUGUUUUCUUAUUUAUUGCUCAUUUAAUACCUCCCGAUUUUGUAACACCCUCCUCUAUAUCUCACAUUCUUCUCUGAAAACAAAAAGAAAAGAAAAACCAAGAAACAAGAAAUUUGAUCGAACUGUAAAAUGACAACGUCCUACGAAGAAGAGCACCCCAAGAAGGCCUUUGGUUGGGCUGCUAGAGAUUCAUCUGGAGUCUUCUCUCCCUUCCAUUUCUCAAGAAGAGAAAACGGAGAGAAAGAUGUUACGUUCAAAGUGUUGUACUGUGGGAUAUGCCACUCUGAUUUGCAUAUGGUCAAGAAUGAAUGGGGCAAUUCUACCUACCCUCUCGUGCCUGGGCACGAGAUUGUUGGUGUAGUGACAGAGGUGGGAAGCAAAGUAGAGAAGUACAAAGUUGGUGACAAGGUUGGCGUGGGGUGCAUGGUGGGCUCUUGUCGCUCAUGCGACAGCUGCGCCAAUGACCUGGAGAAUUACUGCCCAAAGAUGAUCCUCACUUAUGGCUCCAAAUACUACGACGGAACCACCACCUACGGAGGCUACUCCGACACGAUGGUCGCCGACGAGCAUUUCAUCGUUCGCAUUCCGGAUAGCCUACCUCUCGACGCUGCUGCUCCUCUCCUCUGCGCUGGGAUUACAGUCUACAGUCCCUUGAAAUACUUUGAACUCGAUAAGCCUGGUCUUCAUGUGGGCAUCGUUGGUCUAGGUGGGCUAGGCCAUGUCGCUGUGAAAUUCGCCAAGGCUCUCGGGGCUAAGGUCACAGUCAUUAGUACCUCCCCAAACAAGAAGAAAGAAGCUAUUGAACGCAUUGGUGCUGACUCAUUUUUGGUCAGCCGUGACCAAGAACAGGUCCAGGCUGCUAUAGGAACCAUGGAUGGUAUUAUUGACACGGUUUCCGCUGUUCAUCCUCUAUUGCCUUUAAUUGGUCUUUUGAAACCUCAUGGAAAGCUUGUUAUGGUUGGUGCUCCGGAGAAACCACUUGAGCUACCAGUUUUUCCUUUGCUAAUGGGAAGAAAGAUAGUUGGUGGAAGCUGCAUUGGAGGGAUGAAGGAGACACAAGAAAUGAUUGACAUUGCAGCCAAACACAACAUAACAGCUGAAAUUGAGCUUAUUCAUAUUGAUUACCUGAACACCGCAAUGGAGCGCCUUCUGAAAGCAGAUGUCAGAUACCGAUUUGUGAUCGACAUUGCAAACACAAUGAACCCUGAUAGCUCUUAAUUAGGAUUAUUAUAUAAAAAUGUUUAAAUUCCUAUUAGUCAAUUAUGUGUGGGAGUCAAUGAAACAAGCUAUUUUGGCUUAAUUGUCAUGAUUUUGGUUUUUGGAACAUUUCUUGGGAAUUGGAUAAACAUUGUGGAAUAAAACAUGAGGAAUUUACACAUUUA